AUGACCGUUGAGCUACCACCGCCACAAUCCGAAACCCAAUGGCCCACCAGCAUCACUUGCGUAGUGGCACAUUGGCGAAUAAUGGCAGUGUUUAAUGAGAUGGUGGACACACUUUCCUUCAAGACAUUAUCAUAUGACGAAACGCUCCAAUUCAAUUACGACCUGGAAGUUGCCCGAGACCGCAUCCCGCCCCUCCUACGCAUGCAGGCCAACGACCUCAGCUGCCCAAUAACGGAUAACGAUAUCAUCAUCGAACGACAUGCGCUGGAAACCACAUUUCAACGCGUUCGGUGCAUCUUGCAUAGGCAGUACCUAUUGGCAAACAGAGCUGAAAGCAAAUAUGAACAUUUCCGGAGCACAUGUGUCAAUGCGGCGCAACGUAUAAUCGAACUCCAAAUCAAGUUAUUCCAAGAGAUCAUACCUCGGGCUCGGCAACAUCGAAGAGCUUGGUUUGGUGCUUCCAUGUCCAUCACUGAUUGCUUAACAGCCGCCAUGAUUAUCUGCUUCGAAAUCAUCUAUCUAUCGCAGGCUGAGCAAACAUCACAUACCGAUCGUAUUUCCGGGCUUACCGAGUUAUUGAGAAACUUGUAUAAUACUUGGAAGAUUGCGCCGGAGCCGUCGUUUGAGACUUCUCAGUCUGCUGAAACACUGGCCACAAUGUUCAAACUGGUACAAUCGAGUGAUUCAUUGCGCACGCCUGGCCCAAAAAAAUCCAUCGAAAAUGACAGACAAGCACCACCUGGACCUGGUUCAGAGCCUUCGAGGGAAGAGGUCGAAAUGCAAGAUUCCUUGACACUGGGGUACUUGCAGGAUAUGUUGAAUACGGAAUCGGAAUUUGAGAUGUUUGACUGGACUCUCUGGGACCGUCAAAUGCAGGAACUCAAUGGCAUCAUUUCGAAUAACAUGACAUCCUGA